GUAGAAAUCAAGCUAAAGCAGUAGACACCAUAUUGUCAACCGGUAAAUGGUACACAAUGGAUGCACACACACUACAAUACAUACUUCGCAGCAAGUAUAACAUAAAUGAAAAGUUUCAGGCCGAGGGCAUAUUUGUGGUCCUUCAAGGCAGCACCAUGAAAGCAAAAGGUCUGUUCAGUAUCGGGAUUGGUGAGAGGAUCGUAGUCGUCGCCGGCAUCAACCCCCGCGGACCGGAGAUCGACUACAAUCCGGUGUUUCUCAUUCCGGUAGGUCUGCUCGGUGUCACGUACAAGAAUGCAAGCAUGAUUGUAACAAUCUCCACUCCACUCAAAGGCAAGAAUUCUUUUCAGUUAUGCAGCAGUAGCAAGGCCGCCGCUAUAUGGAAUGAUUUCACCACCGCCAUUGAUUACCUGGCGUCUAAAUUAAGCGGCGACAUUAGGUGCAGCGCGUCACUUAGUGCAUCAUCAUCAGACGCCUCUGUGGAUGCAGAACCUGAGUAAACAUAUCAGAAGGGCUUCAUAGGCCUGACCCUUCUCAAUUACAGAUGUCUGUCUCCGCAAAGGUUUCCCACGGCAGAUCGAAGUUUCAGCUCUAUUUCUUUGCCCGAUAUGGUAUGUGGACCAACCGAUGCCAAGCACCCGGCGUUCCGUCAGCAUGUUCUGAGAGGUCACAGUUUGGACUGUGUCGAUGUGUCUUUUGACAGCUUCAUCAAUGAUAAUGAUACCAACCGAUGCCAAGCACGUGGUGUGCCGUCAGCAUGUUAAGAGAUGUCACAGUUUGGACUGUGUCGACAUGUCAUUGGACAGCUUCAUCAAUGAUUAUGAUACCAACCAAAAUGCAACAACUCAACAGGAAGACUUUACUGCGCCCGAUACAGUUAUUGGGCAAAAUUGCGGGCAACUAACCGACGAGCGACGGACGGAUAUGCCAAGCAAGCAGAACAGUUUACUUCAGAGGUUCAUACGCUUGUCUACCUGCUGUAUCAGCAAGUGUUGAUUUUUUUAGCAUUUAUCUAUGAUAUUUUAAUCGAGAAAUCAAAUUUUCACUUUUUUGUUUAAAGCAAUAAAUUCAAUGCAUGAACAAAGUAGAUUUUGUUUGCUUAAUACAUGUAUUAUGAAAUUGUGUGAGUUCUUAAAACUUCUUAUGAUUAUACAUGUAUAUUGAGAAUAACCGGUCUCGAGCAAAUAUCAACACUAUCAUUUAACCUUACGGACAUGGACUACGUGACCCUGUAAUAUCAACUAUCUGACGAGAUACCUUAUUUAUGACUGCAUUUUAGUGUUACUGAUACAAUGGACAUUAAUAGAAUAACAUAAAGAAAAACUAAUUGCUUUUGUUACUUAAAGGGAUCUUUUCACGCUUUGGUAAAUUGACAAAAUUGAAAAAAGUUGUUUCAGAUUCGCAAAUUUUCGUUUUAGUUAUGAUAUUUUUGAGGAAACAGUAAUACUGAACAUUUACCAUGGUCUAAUAUAGCCAUUAUAUGCAUCUUUUGACGAUUUUAAAACCUAAAAAUUAUAAAGCGUUGCAACGCGAAACGAUUGAAUAAUUUGGAGAGUUCUGUUUUUGUCGUUAAAUUUUGUGAAAUUACAAAGAUUGCUUAUAUAAGGUAUAAAAUACGUCAAGUAAGUGUACUCGGCGGAAUAGCUCAGUAGGCUAAAGCGUUUUUACUUCAGGACUCUGGCAGGACUCCAGGGGUCACUGGUUCGAAACCUGGUCCGGGCAAUGUUCUUUUCCUUUUUUUAAUUUUAUUCUUGAUUUUUUACUGGAGCUUUUACGAUCCAAUGUUUACAUUUAUCGAUAUAAAGCAUUUAAUGAAUAAGUUAAAAAAAUGCCAAAAUCUGUGAAAAGGCACCUUUAAAACAA